AUGGCCUCCCCAUCCUUAGGCCCAAUACCAUCCAAAUCCAUAGCAGUACCACCAACUAAACUUGAAAAGUACUUGGAGAAAUUUGUGCCCUUAAAUGUGCAAAAGGUUUGUCGAUUGCAAAGCACAGAUAGCGGGCAGGAAUGGCUUCCUCCGCUGCCUUUUGGUUUUCGUCAUACCGGAGCUGUGGGUGUGAUAGACAUAUCGGGAUUUACUACGUUGACUACGACGUUGGCGCAGAGAUUUGGGAGUGGUGGAGGAGCUAAAAUUCGGAAUAUCAUCAACCCAGUAUUCUCGGGACUCAUCGAUUGCGUGCACCGACAUAAUGGAUCUGUGGUGAAAUUUGUUGGGGAUGCAUUGAUCUGUUGCUGGGCUGCCGAAAGUCCCUCGCCCGAGAAUCUCAUCAAACCGGCUGCAGAGCAUGCCAUGGCCCGAACUGGCAGUCAGGUUGAUACAAUCACUAAUAUGCCGGAUGCUUGCGCGAAAGCAACCCUUUCUGCUAUUUUAUGUUGUUGCGAAAUUCUGCAAACUUUCCGGGGCUACACCAUCAGAAUUCCUGAGCACUUUCCUGAAGACCGAGCAAAGUCAGAAGCCUCUCUUUUGUCCACUUUUUCCUCGCAUACUGGACGAGAAUCUCCCUACCAUGAACCAGGCUUCAGGAGAGAAAGAAGAGAGAAAUAUGUCCCGUUUGCCUUGAAGAUUCAUAUGGGUUUAGGAUGUGGGGAGUUCAGCGCAUUGCACGUUGGACGGGCGGGGGAACGUGUGGAAUACUUUGUUGCAGGGCCAUCUGUGGAGGAUGCCAUGGCCAUUCUUCCAUUCACACGAUCUGGCGAAGUCGGCAUGUCUGCUGCCUGCUGGAACUUGCUCACGAACACCGUGAUCCGAAACGAAAGAGAAAUAACGCUCAAUGAAUCAUACCUCGAUGGUGAUGGACGUGGAUGUUUCAUCAUCAAGGAGGAUGCUGUCGAUCUGGCAUCACUUCCUGAUGUGUUGAAGAAUGAACAGGAAGGGACGGCGGCUAUGAUGGACCCAAAUGCGACGCCCUCGCAGAACGAGGGAAAAGGUUCUGUAAGAUAUAACGACUAUAUACACGAAAGCUUAUCGCGAAUAUUACAAGACUUGGAGAACGAAGAAGAUGUUGAGGUUAUGCAUAAUGAGCUGCGAAACAUCUGUGCUGUGUUCGUCAGGCUGCCAAAACUUGGAGCGACUGAUGAUCCUAUGGAAAUGCUCUUAACAGCGCAGAGUGUCAUGAUUGUCAUCCUUGAAGCUAUCCAUCGAUAUGAGGGCACCAUUCGUCAGUUCAAUGUGGACGACAAAGGUGCAACUGCGCUUCUUGUAUGGGGUGUUGAAGGCUUUACCCAUGAGCGGGGUGAUGCUGUGUUCGCUCUCUACGCGGCCAUGGAAAUUCGCGACGAACUACGGGGCAUGGUGGGCAAUGACUUUGCUAUAGGGGUUUCCGAAGGCAUUGUCUUUUCUGGCAUUAUGGGUAACGAGGCUCGAAGGGACGGCACGGUACUCGGAGUAGCCGUUAACGAAGCAGCACGACUGAUGACAGAGCCGCUGUCACAAGGAGGCAUCUUAUGUACAGAACCGCUGUAUAUGGAAGGUGCGGAAGCUGUAGAGUUUGAUCCUUCCAUGCGUGUGAUCAUGGUCAAAGGUUGCGAUGCUCCUAUUCCUGUUUACCUACCCCUUCGCGGGAAGCAACAGCCAGAGCCUCAAAGCUUCUCGACAUACACAUCACUCGUUGGGCGCGAACACGAGUUGACAUUUAUUGGUACGGUUCUUGAUCGCUGGAAGGACGAUUUGAUGGUUCGGCUAGUGAUCAGCGGUGCAACCGGUCUCGGGAAGACUGCAUUAAGCGCGUAUAUCAAGCAACAGGCAGCAGCAAUACCGGAUGCAGUAAUAUGUGAGAGUCGCUCCAGCGAAACCCACAAACUAUCGCCUUUCUACUCUAUCCGCGUAUUUCUCACCUGCCUAUUUGACCGUGUGUACGCACAGUAUGUCGAGACCGGGAUACUUGAGUACCGCGUUCAUGAAGCAGAAUCAGAAAAGCUCGAAACGGUCACCAUUGCUCGAUCCUCAACAAGUAGCAGUGCUGCACACAUUGGUACGGUAGCUCGUGACAUGCGGCUAGUGUCACGAUCGAGCAGUCUUCGGCAGCUUGGGCGAUCUCAUUUGCGGAAGAAGGUAUCGAGUAUAAUGACUCUCCUCCGAGAGAGCGGUAGAUCCUUGGAUGUGCUCAAUGAUCUUCUUGGCUUCAACCAAGAGCGCUUAAGGUCUUCAAGUCCGCUUUUAGCAGCUAAUUUCAGUUCGGAGAUUGUCGCUGUAGUUUCCCGACUUCUAAACAAGUUAACAAUGCAUCUCCGAAUAAAGGUGAUGAUUCUUUGCGAAGAUCUCCAAUGGCACGAUGCGGCCGGAUAUGCGAUUCUAGUAGAUCUUGUAAAGCGAUGCCCAAAAGUCUUCUUUUAUACCACGUCUCGUCCCAUUCAGGAGUAUACCAAUGAUAUCCAGGCAGCAAACUUCACUGGGCUUGUGACUUCUGAGUUUACUAGCCAUAUUGAGCUUCAGCCACUGAAUCGACCAAAAAGCAUGGCAUUAGCACAAAGUGUUCUGCAGUCCGAAACCACCGACCCUCGUCUCUUAGACCUGAUCUGGCAAAGAAGCCAGGGCAACCCAAUGAUCAUCGAGCUCAUCUGUGAAUCGUUGCGAGUGACUUCUCAAUUGCCUUUGCCGAAUGCGAACCAUCCACGUGGCUCUAGCAGCGCAAAGUCCGGACGAGAGAGCGAUGUGAAUAACACAAUGCCCCGAAUAAGAGCUUUCGAGCUGAAAAGGGAAAUCCCGAUGCCUGUAGAUGUGCGCUCUGCCAUAAUUUCGCAAGUAGACAGGGUACCGGCGGCAUUGAAGCGCAUUCUCCGUGUGGCUUCAGUAGCUGGGCAAUAUUUCACGUUGGGGGAGGUCGCACAUGUUCUUUGCGAAACACACAAGAGUACAGACAACCCUCUUCCUUGGACGAGCAUUAGCUCUUUGUAUGACUACAUUAGCAAAGUGGACACUCUGAACAUGUUGGUCCCAGCGACCGAUUUACCAGGUUUGAUGAUCGGUGACGAUACCUCACCCUACACAGCCAUGGGUUUCCGCCACAUAGUUCUUAAACAGUGUAUCUACGCCUCUCUUCCGCCGGAUAGGCGCGAAGACUUGCAUAACUCUUUCGCGAACUACUAUACCGCGUUGUUGACCCCAUUAAACAAGAAAGAUGCGCUACCCAUGCUGGUUUUCCAUUUGGAUCAUUGUUCUGGAAACGGUGCCAGAAAGAUAAAGUAUGCAGAGAUGGCAUUCGUGUUUUAUGCGGAAGAAUCGCGGCAUGCAGAGUUGGGAUUAGCAGCAUACGAUCGGCUGAUAAAGCUUCUGGAAGAUUAUCCUGAGGAUGUACCAUUUGAUAAGAUUCAAUUAGCAAGGCAUCAUCGACGACUGGCGCAAUUGUAUGAGCAGAAUUGGGAUUAUACAGCUGGCGUGAUGGAAUGCAAAGCAGCACUAGCUAUCUUAAAUGUUAAGCUACCGACUCCAGGAUCUAUCGGUCACAAAUUGAAACUGCUCCGUCAAAUGCUCGUCCAAUACCGCAUCUUGAAUGCAAAAGACGAUGCUCGCAGGGAACAACUCGGACUUGCUGCAUUCGAGUCAGAAGCUGGCAAAUUCAAGAAGAUCACACCUGUUUCAAAUGACAAUGAAGAGCACGCCGUGCCGGAGAGGAUCCGGCACAUCACCGAGGUGCUAGAAAUAUAUCGUACCAUGCUUACUCAACUCAGUUUGAUGGGUCGACCUGAUUACAACGCUUUCUUAUGCCUGACGGGGCUGACAUUUUCAAGUGCCCUUGCCACCAGUAAGCCCGCGUACCUUGCGUUCUACUCAAUGGCACUUGGCUUUGGGCUCCUCAAUCGGUGCAAGUUUAAGCUUUCAUCCAAAUAUAUUGCGCUUGGCGCUGAAUAUCUUGAACGAUGCCCCAAUUCGGCCGAUACUCUCUUCGCGCGACAGACGUAUGUCAGAUAUUUAUAUGCCGUCGGUAAUUGGUCUCUAUGCGAGAAGUUUGCGCGAGAGGUCAAUGCGUUAUAUGAAGCACAAAACAUGCAGGGUAGUCCUUUGGCCCAUCUGAAUGCGACAAUUUUCAGCAGUUGCCUACAUACUCUGGGAAGGAGACAAGAGUACACAGACGUGCUCAUCAAGAUGUACAAGACCCUGAGUGAAUGUGAUGUAACCGGUGGGCUGGGGCACCAUCCAGCCUGCUCUAUUGCCGCUGCUAUGUCCCAGGCAGUAGAAAAGGUGGAAAUGCUGAAUUGGUAUAGGAUUGCCCAGGAGCAAGUAUUGGAUGCUUCGCAUGCGGAGGCGUUCACACCCCACUACCGAUAUACUGAUCUCAUGCUAAUGUUGGCGGUGGAAGUCAUACAAAUACAAUCAGCGAAUCAAGAAGAAUUGGAGGUAUGGGUCCAGGCAGCACUCGAGACUUGCGGUUUUCUCAUCCAGUGCGCGGAGAAAAUACCCGUCAAAAUGCCUUCAAUGCACACCAUUCAUCUGAACAUAUUCUAUAUAAUCAGUUCCUGGGCGCUUCAUUUAAAGGAGGUCGCCAUCAACGAACAUCCUCGAUCUUCAGCAAAUCGCGAACUUCUCGCAAUCACUAAGUUAGUGCGCCAUAUUAUCCGGCAGACAUCAAAAAACAGAACUUGUACACUGAACGAUUUUACCGCUCACUGCGCAAAAGGUCUUCAGGUCCUACUCCAGCACGGAGAUGCCUAUAAAUGUGCACAUAUGUGGAAGAGAUGUAUCGCUGUACACCGACUUAAUGGGGCCUUGACGUCCUUUUAUGCGGCUAUGCUCAUAGCCCGAUUGACGAGGCUGGAGCGAGCAUUUGGGAUCCCUGGAAGUUGGGACACUACCGGAAAGAGAUCCACUUCAGAUCUGGAUGCCGCAAGAUUGUCUUUAACAUGUCGCAUCAAUUCGGGGCGUUCCAAGAUUGUGCCGUACCCCCUACCCUCAACGUGCUCAUUCAUCCUCUCUCCAAGCGAGGUAAUUCCACUUCACCACAUUCUCAACGUACAGUGGGCGGAGCGGGUGCUGAUCGCCUGCGAGUGUCAAUGGGAGCUCACAAUACUGAGGCGCGUAUGCGGAAAACAUAAUUUGAAUUUAUUUGCAGCGGCCAUAGACGCCCCACGGCCAAGCGCCAUGGUGAGCAUGGACUGGCGGCCUCUGGAUGACCAUAGAUAGAGUAAAUACGAUGUAUAUAUAAUGUGAAUUCAAUAAAACCUCGCAGGUUCAAACGAAGA